CCAACAUGUACAUGAUAUCGUGCGCCACAGACGAUCGCGGUAGGCACUGGCGCAGUGGCGGGGCCGCUGGUCUCAGCCUCCUGAGUACCACACGCACUAUGCAGCGGCGCGAGCCUUUCCCUGCCUCUGUAAACCCAAGACAUCAAUAAAUGCACGAAGAAUGGUCCUCCAAUAUCUUACUGAACGACCCGAUGCGGAUGUACCGCGCGAAGCGCGACGCGGCGCGCAGGCGGGUCACGGACAAGUACACCAUCCAGGGCUUCAUCUCGUCGGGCACGUACGGGCGUGUGUAUAAGGCGCAAAGCAAGGAGAGCGACGGCCGGAUACACGCUAUCAAGAAGUUCAAGCCGGACAAGGAGGGCGAUGUGGUCACGUAUACGGGGAUCAGCCAGAGUGCUAUCAGAGAGAUCGCGCUGAACAGGGAGAUAUCUCAUGAGAAUGUGGUCGCCCUCAAAGAGGUUAUCUUGGAGGACAAGUCGAUCUACAUGGUCUUUGAGUAUGCAGAGCAUGACUUUCUGCAAGUCAUCCACCACCACUCUCAGUCCCGUACCGCCGUACCCAUGCCCGUCCUCAAGUCACUCACCUACCAACUUCUCAACGGACUGCUCUACCUGCACGACGCACACAUCAUCCACCGCGACCUCAAGCCCGCCAACAUUCUCAUCACCGCCGGUGGGGUCGUCAAGAUCGGCGACCUCGGGCUCGCCCGCCUCACGUACCAGCCGCUACAGCCGCUCUUCAUGGGUGACAAGGUCGUCGUCACCAUCUGGUAUCGCGCGCCCGAACUCCUCCUCGGCGCGAAGCACUACAACAAGGCGGUCGAUGUCUGGGCAGUCGGGUGCGUUAUGGCGGAGCUUGUGAGCCUAAGACCGAUCUUCAAGGGCGAGGAGGCGAAGCUGGACGCGAAGAAGAAUGUGCCUUUCCAGAAGGACCAAAUGCUGAAGAUAAUCGAGGUACUAGGCACUCCAGAUGAAAGGGACUGGGUCGGCCUGAAGGACCUGCCCGAGUACCAAAGUCUAAAACGUCUAGACGCGUACCGUAAUCGUCUCGGCGAAUGGUGCCAAUCGCGCAUCAACUCCAAAGAGGGCUUCGAGCUCCUCCGCCAACUCUUCGCCUACGACCCCGACAACCGACUCACAGCCAAGGAAGGACUCCAACACAAGUGGUUCCAGGAGGAGCCCAAACCAACACUUAACGCCUUUGCCUCCCUCGCGACGACUCAAGGAUACCCCCAGCGGCGUAUCACACACGACGACGCCCCGUCGAUGAUCCCCCUUCCUACGGCGAACUCGCAAGCACAGCAGCUCGCAGCUCAAGCACAGGCGGCGCAUCUCUCGCAGCAACUCUCGACCCACCCGCAGUCGGGCAAGGCAGGCAGCGCGGGUGCAGCGAGCUUUGCGAGCUUGAGCGGUGGAGCGGCGGGCGUGGGGAGUGGGCAUGCGAGGAAGAAGACGCGGCUGGGGUAGCGCUGGGUGGCUCGUUGAAUUUUGGCAUACGGAUUCGUAUGCGAAAUACAUUCAGGACAGAUCCGCUCGGCCAAGCUCCACUCUGCCGUGUCAACUGGACCAGGUUGCCAACAUAUCCCCUCGUACAGAAGAAGAUCCUCGAGUAACCGUUACCACAGAAGGUAUUUCUUGAGUCACCUGUAAU